AUGCCAUUAAGUCUAACUAUUAUCAAGAAUCCAGAUUCUACAACUAUCCAAAAGCACUUCUCAGCCAUAUCCAAAACAUAUCCUUAUUUUAAAAAGGUACAAUAUAUCACAUCAUCACCUUCAUCACCACCCCCAUCACCAAAAGUACGAAUUGUUCAACAGACAACGAAUAAUCUAUGGGACCUUCUCCAGACCAAAAAGUUCAUACUUGCAAUCCCAAUUGAUCAACUCUCAUUACAAACGACAGAAUUAUUAGAAAGUUUUGAAUUUCGGGAUGGAAAGAUUACAAUAUUGCUAAAUCAAGACAAUUUUCAAAAAGUGCCCCCUGGGCCGAAUUGGACAAUUAAGAAAUUGAAGAUGGAUAAAGUUGGUCAUGGAGGUUCAUAUUAUGCGAAAUAUAGAUAUAAGAUUCUCAUAGAUUCGAUUUCUUCAGAAGUAGAAUAUGUGAUUAAACAAUUGUUUUCUGAAGUACAAGUGACUACUACAUUGGAAUCUGGAGAUAUUCCUAGUCCAGAGAAUGAAGUUAUUGAGAUUAAUAGGGAUGAAGACUUGGAUGAGUUGGAUGAAUAUGAGAAGUAUGAGUAUUUGACUGUUAUUAGUAGUUUCCAAAGACAGCAAGUCAUUCAAGAUGAAAAUUUGUCACUGUUCAAAUUAAUCGGAGGUAAUAAAGGAACCUGCACCAAGUAUACAUAUAAGGAUAUUGGUUCUUCUUGGAUGGAUUCUAUUGGAGUUGACUCACAUUGGGACAUUAUCAGCAUUUAUCCUGAUAAUUCAUCACAUAUCUUACUUUACAAGAGUACCAAUACAAUGUACAUUUGGAAUACAAAAUAA